UCCGCGGGCUCGCGACUCUCAGGCCGUGUCCGCGGCCGAGCCCGGCUCCGGUUCCGGGUCCGAGUCUGGGGCGUGGCGGAGGUGGAAGCCGGAGUGCGGGCCAUGGCGGAGCGGGAGCGCGGCGGUGGUGGAGGCGGCGGCGGCGGCGGGGGGCUGGAGGCCGGGGCGCUGCCGCCCGACGUGCGCGAGGGCCUGGCCGAACUGGAGCUGGAGCUGUCUGAGGGUGACAUCACGCAGAAAGGCUACGAGAAGAAGAGGGCGAAGCUGCUGGCGCGCUACAUCCCACUCAUCCAAGGUGUGGACCCCUCUCUCCAAGCAGAAACCAGGGUCCCCGGGUCCUCACAGACUCCAGCCGCCGGCUCCAAACAGCAGAAGGCCCGCUCGGCCAACUCGCGGGAUGAGCGCUUCCGGUCCGACGUCCACACGGAAGCCGUCCAGGCCGCAUUAGCCAAGUACAAGGAGCGGAAGAUGCCCAUGCCCUCCAAGAGGCGCUCCGUGCUGGUGCACUCCUCCGUCGAGACCUACACGCCUCCAGACACCUCCUCGGCCUCAGAAGAUGAGGGCUCGCUCCGGCGGCAAGGGCGACUCGCUUCCGCUCCGUUCCAGAGCCAUUCCAACGUAGAGCCCUGGCUCCAUCGGGUCAUUCAGGGCUCCUCCACCUCAUCCUCCGCAUCCUCCACUUCAUCCCACCCGGGAGGGAAACCUGCUGCCGCUUCCAAUACGGCUCCCGCCGCCGCCGCCGCCACAGUGCUUGCAGAUCUCAUGGCUCACGCUCAGCUAGAGAACCAUCCCGCCCCGCCCGACGUGACCACCGGCCUUGUAGGGCAGCACCCCCACGAGCGCCCCCAGGUGGCCUCCGUCAGAGGGAUCCCCCGAGGCUACAGCAGCAGCAUUUUGGAAACAGCUGAUGGUGUGCCCGUCAGCAGCCGGGUGUCCUCCAAGAUCCAGCAGCUCCUGAACACCCUGAAGAGGCCCAAGCGGCCUCCCCUGAAGGAGUUCUUUGUGGACGACUUUGAGGAGCUCUUGGAAGUGCACCAGCCCGACCCCAACCAGCCGAAGCCCGAGGGCGGUCCCGCGGCCGUGCUCCAGGGGGAGCCUCUCGCCGUGCUCUCCAACUGGCCUCCCUCCCUCCUCGCGGCCCUGCAGCGCUGGGGCACCACGCAGCCCAAGGCCCCUUGUCUCACGGCCCUGGACACGACCGGGAAAGCCGUCUACACCCUGACCUACGGCAAACUUUGGAGCCGAAGCGUGAAGUUGGCGUACACCCUCCUCAACAAGCUCAGCAGCAAGAACGAGCCGCUGCUGAAACCUGGAGACCGGGUGGCUCUCGUCUUCCCGAACAGCGACCCCGUGAUGUUCAUGGUGGCGUUCUACGGGUGCCUCCUGGCAGAACUUAUCCCUGUGCCGAUAGAAGUGCCAUUAACGAGGAAGGACGCCGGGAGCCAGCAGAUCGGCUUUCUCUUGGGCAGCUGCGGCGUGACGCUGGCCCUGACCACGGACGCCUGUCAGAAGGGGCUGCCCAAGGCACCCACCGGAGAGGUGGCCACGUUCAAAGGCUGGCCUCGCCUCGUCUGGUUCGUGAUCGACGGGAAGCAUUUGGCCAAACCGCCCAAGGACUGGCACCCCCCGGUGCGGGAGGCGGGCGCCGAGACCGCGUACAUCGAGUACAAGACGAGCAAGGAAGGCAGCGCGGUGGGAAUCACCGUGUCGCACGCCUCCGCGCUGGCCCAGUGCCACGCCUUAAGCCAAGCCUGCGGCUACUCCGAGGCCGAGACGCUGACCAACGUGCUGGACUUCAAAAGGGACGCCGGCCUGUGGCACGGAGUGCUGACGAGCGUCAUGAACCGGAUGCACGUGAUCAGUAUUCCCUAUGCUCUCAUGAAAGUGAACCCCCUGUCGUGGAUCCAGAAGGUGUGCUCCUAUAAAGCCCGGGUGGCGUUAGUCAAGUCCCGAGACAUGCACUGGUCCCUCCUGGCCCAGCGAGAUCAGAGGGACGUCAGCCUGAGCUCUCUGCGGAUGCUGAUCGUGGCCGACGGAGCGAAUCCGUGGUCAGUAUCGUCCUGUGAUGCGUUCCUCAAUGUCUUUCAGUCCAGAGGGUUGAGGCCUGAGGUCAUCUGCCCCUGUGCCAGCUCCUCGGAGGCGCUCACCGUCGCCAUCCGCAGGCCCCCCGAUUCCGGCGGCCCCGCCCCGGGCAAAGCCGUGCUGUCCAUGAACGGCCUCAGCUACGGCGUGAUCCGCGUGGACACGGAAGAAAAGCUGUCGGUGUUAACCGUGCAGGACGUCGGCCAGGUGAUGCCGGGAGCCAGCGUGUGUGUGGUGAAGGUGGAAGGUCCCCCCUAUCUCUGCCGAACGGACGAGGUGGGAGAAGUGUGUGUCUGUUCGGGAGCCACUGGCGCCGCCUACUACGGCCUGGUCGGAAUCACCAAGAACGUCUUUGAGACGGUGCCAGUCACGGCAGGAGGCGCGCCCAUUUCUGACCAGCCCUUCACCAGGACCGGCCUGCUGGGCUUCAUCGGGCCAGACCAGUUGGUAUUUGUCGUGGGCAAGCUGGACGGGCUGAUGGUGGUCGGCCUUCGCAGACACAACGCGGACGACGUGGUGGCCACCGCUCUGGCAGUGGAACCGAUGAAGUUUGUCUACAGAGGAAGAAUAGCCGUGUUCUCAGUGACCGUCCUCCACGACGACCGCAUAGUGCUGGUGGCCGAGCAGCGUCCUGACGCCUCCGAGGAGGACAGUUUUCAGUGGAUGAGCCGCGUCCUGCAGGCAAUAGACAGCAUCCAUCAGGUCGGCGUGUACUGCCUGGCCCUGGUCCCUGCCAACACUUUGCCCAAAGCUCCGCUCGGGGGGAUCCACAUCUCCGAAACCAAGCAGCGCUUCCUCGAGGGCUCUCUGCACCCCUGCAACGUGCUCAUGUGCCCUCACACCUGUGUCACCAACCUCCCCAAGCCCCGGCAGAAGCAGCCAGAAGUCGGCCCCGCCUCCAUGAUUGUCGGGAACCUCGUUGCUGGGAAGCGGAUCGCUCAGGCUUCAGGGAGAGACGUCACCCAGCUGGAGGACAACGACCAGGCAAGAAAGUUUUUGUACCUGGCGGAUGUGUUGCAGUGGCGGGCCCAGACCACCCCCGACCACCCUCUGUUCCUGCUGCUGAACGCCAAGGGCACGGUCACCAGCACCGCCACCUGCGUCCAGCUGCACAAGAAGGCCGAGAGAGUCGCCGCGGCCUUGACGGAGAGGGGCCGGCUGAACGUGGGCGACCACGUGGCCCUGGUGUACCCCCCAGGCGUGGACCUCAUCGCCACCUUCUACGGCUGUCUCUACGCCGGCUGCGUCCCCAUCACGGUGCGCCCCCCUCACCCCCAGAAUCUCGCCACCACUCUGCCCACCGUCAAGAUGAUCGUCGAGGUCAGCAAGUCCACGUGUAUUCUGACGACCCAAGCAAUAAUGAAGCUGCUCAAGUCCAAGGAAGCAGGCGCGGCCGUGGAUGUGAAGACAUGGCCGACCAUCUUAGACACAGAUGACCUCCCAAAGAAGAGAGUAGCCAGUGUUUUCCGGCCGCCCUCCCCCGACACGCUGGCGUACUUAGACUUCAGCGUCUCCACCACGGGCAUAUUGGCAGGAGUCAAGAUGUCGCACGCGGCCACAAGUGCCUUAUGCCGGUCCAUCAAGCUUCAGUGUGAGCUGUACCCGUCCCGGCAGAUUGCCGUCUGCCUCGACCCCUACUGUGGCUUGGGCUUCGCCCUCUGGUGCUUGUGCAGCGUCUACUCGGGACACCAGUCCCUCCUGGUGCCUCCGCUCGAACUCGAGAAUAACGUGUCCCUGUGGCUGUCGGCCGUGAGCCAGUACCGCGUGCGCGUCACCUUCUGCUCUUACUCGGUCAUGGAGAUGUGCACCAAGGGGCUCGGGACACAGACGGAUCUCCUCAGGGCCAAAAGCGUGAACCUGUCCUGCGUGCGCACCUGCAUGGUGGUUGCGGAGGAGCGGCCCCGGAUCGCGCUCACCCAGUCCUUCUCCAAGCUCUUCAAGGACCUGGGCCUGUCUGCGCGCGCCGUGAGCACCACCUUCGGCUGCCGCGUGAACGUCGCCAUCUGCCUCCAGCCCAACAGGCUGGGAAAGCUGGCUGAGCAGGGCACGGCCGGCCCCGACCCCACCACGGUCUACGUCGACAUGCGGGCCCUGCGCCAUGACAGGGUGCGCCUGGUGGAACGGGGCUCUCCACACAGUUUACCCUUGAUGGAGUCUGGAAAGAUCCUUCCUGGGGUCAAAGUCAUCAUCGCGCACACAGAAACGAAGGGCCCCCUCGGCGACUCCCACCUGGGUGAGAUCUGGGUGAGCAGUCCACACAACGCCACGGGCUAUUACACGGUCUACGGGGAAGAGUCCCUGCACGCUGACCACUUCAGUGCCCGGCUCAGCUUCGGAGACACCCAGACCAUCUGGGCCAGGACAGGCUACCUGGGCUUCCUCCGGAGAACGGAUCUCACCGAUGCCAGUGGAGAGAGGCACGACGCCCUGUAUGUGGUCGGCUCUCUGGAUGAGACCCUGGAGCUGAGGGGCAUGCGGUACCACCCGAUCGACAUCGAGACCUCUGUGAUCCGGGCCCACAAGAGCAUUGCGGAGUGUGCCGUGUUUACGUGGACCAACCUGCUGGUGGUGGUGGUGGAGCUGGAAGGCCCCGAGCAGGAGGCCUUGGACUUGGUGGCCCUGGUGACCAAUGUAGUUCUUGAGGAGCACUUUCUCAUCGUGGGCGUGGUGGUCAUCGUGGACCCUGGAGUCAUCCCCAUCAAUUCUCGGGGGGAAAAGCAGCGUAUGCACUUGCGGGAUGGAUUCCUGGCCGAUCAGCUGGACCCCAUUUACGUGGCCUACAACAUGUGAAGGCGGGGUCUCGGGGCCCCGGCACUGAGAUCCUGGGCGCCCUGCGCACCCUGCUCGGAGCCAGAGCCCCCCGGGGGGUCGGGGGGAAGCCGGGCUUCAGUGACUGCCCCCUCUGCCGCUUUGCCCUUUCUGACGAGUGGUGGGACCAAAUUGGGGAGUUCUUUGAGGAGAUGUGCCCGAGACUGCAUCCGGAUGUCACCAGUUGGGGGCCUUGGGCUGGCAGGGGCGGGGUGGGCCCUGCUGUGUUGUGCUGGGGGGGAGGGGCUGACACUGGCGCGUGCCUCGGGACUUUGCUCUCUACUGUAUCCUGUACUGUAUUGCACAUGUUUUCACCAUUGGAGACACGCUCCCUGCUUCUUCGUGGGGUUGUUGCUUGACUUUUUCCCUCCCCCGCGGAGCAGAUAGCUCCAUUCAUCCGCCGUCGCUUCUGGAAGGGACCAGAGAAGCAAACCAGCGCCACCUCCUCCUCGUAAAGGGGAGGCCCCGGGCCCAGAAAGGGGAAACGGCAGAGUCGGUGGUGGGACCCAGGUGUCCUGGCCCCCGUUGCACCGCGCCGCUCCCCCCGAACGCCCACCCUUGUUUCUCGGUUACCGAAUGGAAACCCUUCAGAAGUGAAUUCUGCAUAAUCCAAGUUACUAAUCCCUACUAAUAGUGCCAUAUUGGACCGGACUGAGGGAGAAGCCUUCGCACUCAGCUUCCCCCGUGGAGAGGCUUCCGCCCCCUCUGCUUAGGUCCGGAACUUCACGCGACAGAGAUGCUCGUUCCCAUGACAAGAUGUUUGUUGGGGAAAUUAUUGUCCACACAGGAAUUUGGGGGGGCGCUUGUUUCUUUCCAGACCCCUGAGAUCCGAGGUGUUGGGCUGGGGCCCCGCCUGGAAAAGGCCUCCGUGUUUCCACUGUCCCCCAGUGGAAGCUCUGGGAAACCUCGUCUCGCAGACACACGCACACAUACAGGGCACGCGUGGCCCUCCAGGCGGGCUGACCCUCUCGCUGCUGCUGCUGGACACGCUUUGCCUUUGGGACGUGGCUCUGCUACGAGCCCGUGGCUUGAGUCAGGUGCCCCCUCGACUCACCAGUUGGAAUAUCGGCCCGAGAGACGGCUGCGGCAAGGGGGCAUCGGAGCAAGAAGGGGGAAUCCUCCAGCUACUCCGAGUGUUUGAAGACGGACACGAGUCUAGCAAAUAGAUUAUUUUUAUACGCUACUAAAAAUUCUGUUCUAAAGGUGAGGGUUGGGGGGCCGGGGAGACGUCGGACGCACGGGCUCACAGAGCGCCAGGUUUCUCUGCAAGGUGAGUGAGUCUGCCCAGAUCAGUGCCUAAGAAAGCUGGUGGUUCUCCAGGUUACAGCAACCAAACCAAAUGAGCCUCAUUGACAGGGCCGAUCGUAGAGUCCUUCCCUUACUGGCCAGCAGAGCAGCCCCGGGAGAGGAGUUCUGUUUGCCCUCGCGCUGUUCGACUGUGGUGUAUGAUACAAAUGCUUAUUAAAACUAACGACCUAGUGUAAUUAUGUACAGAAUUGUAUAACUUAUUAUUUGAAGCCCAGCGGUCUGAGCGGUGGACUAAGGGACGUUCCUUAGAAGGGGAUGGCUGACGAGGGAAAAGAGCCACCGGACCCCAACUUUAUGUUGUCGUUUUAUAGCAAAUAAAGCCUUGUAAGAUUUUUGUAUUGAAAGAUUGGUGACAGGAAGACGAGUUGCCUUGUAAAGUAAGAUUUUCAAAAGCACAUUAAAAACAUUUAAAAUGA